AUGUUCCAGGAGUGGUUCGAUGGUGGUAUGGUCGUGCGCCUGGACAUCUUUCACUGGAUCCACCGCUUUAACGCAGCCAUCCGAACAGACGCGCACAGCAAGUACGCCAUGUUCAAGUCCGCUCUGGCCGGGGCAGUGUUGGCCUACAACCGCGCCGAUCUGGAGCUGCUGAUCGAGGCCGUCAGAGCCAAGGACCCGGACACGUUCAGGUCCGUGUCGGAAGAGGAUGUCGUCCGCCUGUACGUCACAAGGGAUCAACUGCAAUACCACGUGCGGAGGGUCACGCUCGGAGCGCAGGAAACAUUCCGGCUCAUCCACCUGGCCAUCGAGGAGCUGAAGGGCCCGGCUGUGCUGGACCAGAGUGGAGUGAGCCUCUUUAAAACACCUGGAGCCAUUGAUGAGAUGUGGGUAGGGCAGCAGAGACACCUGGAGUGCAUCCAGGAUCCACCAGGGAUGAAUAUGUAUAGGGUGGCCCAUACCACAACUAUCAACGGUGUGGACCUGCCCUAUUAUAACAGCCUGGAGGGAUUCCACAAGUCUCUGCCCCACAUGAUCCCAGUUGCAUCGGACGGUGGAACUGCGACAGGAGCUCCGACGCAGUGUUUGGUGGCAAGGGAUGGCGUCACAAGACAUAAUCGGCAUCCACCGCCUCAGCAGCUGUUUGGAGAGACUGUAGAGGAGAAUUUCCAGGCCCCCGCUGAGGUGGAUUCCCACGAGCUGCUGGGGUUGGAGUACCUCUUCAGCCAGAGCACUGGUGAAUCAGGAUCUGGCCCCUUUACACUCAAGGACAUCAUCCACAAUGGCCCCGGUCCCAACGAGGAGGUUGUUCAGCCCAGGCAGCCCACUCCAGAUCCCGAGGCAGACGAGGCUAACCAGAGCGACGGGGACAAUGUGCUGGAUGCCAUCUUGCCCCACAUCACACUCAUCACAGACGAAACCUCCACUGUCAACCCGCCCGCUUUUGAGGAUGCCUGCAGUCAAAACUCUCUUCCCGGCCACCCAAACUUGGGGAGGUUCUGCUCACUGCUGGUGGACAUUGGGCUCGUAGAGGACAAGCUGUCCCUUCUCACAGAGCAGAGGAACGCGAUACUGGCUGCCUGGACUAAAGUGGAGGACCACGACAAACGGCAGCAGCAGUUCAACAAGUUAUACAGGAUGCACUGGGGCAACAGCCUGUACUGCCGCACUAAGCGCCACAACCUGGUUGAUGCUGUUGUCAUACAGCGUGUGAAGAUGAGCAUUCGCUAA